CCCGGUGGCUGGAGAAGUAUAAGAAGCCUUGACCCUGAUCUUGAGGCACUAGUCGUGCUGCGCUGCCCAGGCACUCCACACACAACCAGUCCGUUUAGGUGCUGGUUUAUUUAACACAGUGAUACCGGAAGCAGGAUGUUGUCACGGGUAUUGUUAGUGGUGGCGCUGGCGGCGGGGGCGAACGCUGCAGCCGCAUCUGUCAAUGAGUCCAGCAGAGAUAGCAAAUUAUUCCCCGUGAUCAACAUCAUCACCUUCGACAAUGCGCCCUGCACGGCCCAGUCCGGAGAAAUGGGAACCUGCUACAGCCAGAAGGAGUGCGAAGGAUUUGCCGGGACCCCGUCAGGCACGUGCGCCAACGGCUUCGGCAUCUGCUGCGUGUGUAAGUGUCUCGGACGUGCGUUCCGGUUUCGCUCUUGGGUGUUCUGAAACUUUGUUCGGCGU